AUGCCGUGUCAAGUCAAGGGAACGGCAUUCAUAACCGGCGGCGGCUCAGGAAUCGGCAAAGCCACCGCUGUAUCCUUCGCCCAGAACGGCAUCCAGUCCAUCGCCCUAGUCGACCUAAACCUGCCUCUUCUCGAAAAGACGCGUGACGAGCUCCUCGCCCAGUUUCCGACUAUAAAAGUGGAGGUACUCCAAGCAAACGUUGCAGAUGAAGCAUCCGUCGAGAACGCAGUGCGCGAAACAAUCGAGCGCUUCGGCGGUAUCCAUAUUGGUGUCAACUGCGCUGGAAUUAGUGGCACGCCCACGCCGACUGAUCGGAUGACGCUGGCUGAGUGGCAGAAGGUUAUCGAUGUCAAUCAGACUGGGGUCUGGCUUUGUCAGAGAGCAUUGCUUCGGCAGAUGCUUCGGCAGGAGUCGCGCGGUGAGCGUGAAGGACGAGGCGUCAUCGUGAAUGUCUCGUCGAUGUUUGGCGUUAGUGGCCCUCCUGGGCCGUUCGAUAUUCCCCACUACACAGCUGCGAAACAUGCGGUGGUGGGUUUGACCAAGAUGGACGCAAAAGCGUACUCACGACAAGGAAUUCGUAUUAAUGCAAUCUGCCCUGGAUUUGUCGAUACUCCCAUCAUUAAACAGCAAAUCGAAUCUGGGUCAAUGAACCCAGCCUUCGAGAUGACGCCACUUGGACGGCCAGCGCAAGUGGAGGAAAUUUCGGACGCGAUACUUUUCUUGUCCUCUCCCAUGAGCAGCUACAUGUGUGGUGCAGCGCUGGUCGUGGAUGGAGGAUUCACCGUCUAG